CAACGGUGGCCUUGAAGGCUGAGAUGGGCAUGAAGAAGUCCUGGCGCAAGUGUCGAUGGUGAUACUGUUAUUGGCCCUACAUCCGCUCACGCCAGUCAUAGUGACUGUUAUGCCUCGUUGCAACUUGAAGUUGGCGAUACUUUUGGGAAUGACAGUGAUCCCACCUUCAGGACAAAGGUUUGCUCUUGCGAGUUUUGCUUCCAAUGACGUGAGAGCAGCGUGCAUAGAUGCAAUGUUUUUUUUUUCAUCAAUGGUCGCAGAGUACAUCGAUGGGAACUGGUCAUCUGAUUCCAUUUUCCAUCAUGGUCAUGCACUAACGAUGGCAGAAGGAGUCGUGGACUUUUACCGGGCGGAGGGGCGUAAAUGCGGCACAGCAGUAGUGUGCCUAUGAGAGUAUCGAAUUAGCUGAUUCUUGUCAUGAGUCAUACAGUAAACGCUCAGUCGGGUUCCUGUAGCAAAUGCAAUAUAACACAUUUACUUGCAGUCAUCUGGAUCGGCACUGACGAGAGAGUGGAGCUGGGGUGUAAAAGAUGAGGGGAAAAGCAGAGGCCAGAUUUAGUGUAGACCGCAAGAUGACACGAGGAGGUGCCCAAGAGUUGCGGAAUGAUGACUGAUUGAAGAACGGGAUGAUGUUCUAGCUAUGUAAUUAGCUAUAAGCG